AUGGAUUUACAAAUGUGCACGAAUGAGUUGAUGGGUCUUGCUGAUAUCAGUGAACGGAUGAAGAUAUUGCAAAAAGCGAGGCGGGAUUUCGCUGAAGAAUCGUCAAUUUGGCGCACGAAUAAAGCGUUUUUUGAGGAAUGCGCGAAGACGGUGGAUGAAUUGGAAAAUGAGAGGAAAGAACACGCCGAAGAGUUAAGACAAAUCAAUCAGGAUAUUAAUCUAUUGGAAGAUAUGCUGAAGAAUCUUCAUUCAACAACAAAUAUGAAACGAGAAGAGUUAUCAAGAAAAGCGCGAAUUCUUCGACAUGAGAUGACACUUCUUAAUCGGUAUAUCGAGCUUUGUGGCGAUGAAUCAUUGCAACCGUUGGUCUUCGAUGAGGAUUUUGAUGCCUCCUUGAAGCAAUUACUUCGUCCUUUCCCACUUCCAAUGCCAGUAAUUCCACCCGGAUUUCUCCCCAAAUGGCCUCUUUCCUUCAUUUCCAAUUCUAAAAUGAAGAAUUGUGAGGCUUGUGGUGGACAAAUCCAUCGAAAUGCUCCAACAUGUCCACUUUGCAAGAGUCGCACGGUGAGCCGGAAUCCGAAAAGAAAACGCAAAGAUCAACAGAACUUU